AUGGAGGGUUCAACAACAAAAUUAGGUGGUGGUGGUCAUGGUGCUCCAACAAAGUUCCUAGUGAACACCUAUCUGAUGGUUGAUGAUCCAUCCACCAAUGAAAUAAUAUCUUGGGGUCAAAACAACAAAAGUUUCAUUAUUAAAAACCCUAAUGAUAUCUCUCGUCUUCUUCGCCAGUACUUCAAGCAUUCCAAUUUCUACAGCUUCGUCCGUCAGCUUAACAUCUAUGGAUUCCGAAAAAUAAAGCAUGAUCAAUCGGAGUAUGCUAAUAAAUAUUUUCUAAAAGAUCAACAUCAUCUUCUUGGUAAUAUUCGCCGCAAGAAAACUGUUCACAGUCGCUCUCAUGGAGAAUCAAAAAGGUUAUCAUUUGAGGCAGAAAUUGAGAAACUUUCUAAUGAAAAAGCCUCUGUUGAAUCAAAUAUUUCUAGCUUCAAGCAAGAAAUAUCAGCUAGAAAGCUUCAUGUGGGAAAUCUAGAACGAAGAUUAAAAGGAAUUGAGAAUAGACAAAUGAACUUGAAGAAUGCAUUUGAAAUGGUUAUGCAGAAUUCUAAAUUUGUUGGAAAAGUUUAUAAGAAAAUUGAUUCCUUACAAUUUUCCAAUAAAAGACCUUUUAAUGCUGAAAAUAGUUUUGUCGACGAUGAAAUGGAUUAUUGGAAAAGUUAG